UGAAACUCUUGUACUAAUCGGUCGUAUAUAAGAGCUACAGAAAAAAUUUAAAGCUUUAAACCAAUUUAACUAUUUUAUUAUCCAAGGAUUUUGUUUUUUAGAUUAACCACAUAAGUUGAAAUAUCAUUUAUUGAUUUAAUGAUGUGGUUUCCAAGUUCGAUCGUCAAUAAAUCAGUUUGUCAUCAUUCAUCGUCAUCACCAUAAAAUGUUGAAAUAUAAAAAACUGUCAAUAUUGCUUUAUGUCGUGUUACAAUCGAGAGACAAUAGUCAAGUGGAUAUACCCUUCACAAUAAAUUGUUUGAGAUACAAUUUGCUAUCUUAUCAUUAAAAAAUACAUUUGUUUAUUGUUUAACCUUUUUUUUUUUGUCAAAAUAAACGGCAUGUAAUUGGCAAGACGCACGCGAUACGCUUUUGUAUGAGAGGAGUAUCUUUUGCUGACGGAACAAAAAAUAGCAGUUACCGAUCUACCAUCGCUCAAGCAAAGUGAUUGCUUCGAUAAACGGUUGGUGAUAAAACAUAAUACGCGCAUUUGAGAUACUCGCACAACCGGAAUACUAAUCAAUUCGCAAACUGCUUUUUCGAUUUUUAUUAUAUUUUAUGAGAUUGUUUGAAAAAAAAGUAGUUCAAACUUCAAAGUGAAAGAUUCAAAUCAGCUUUUAAAGCUGAAGUUCAAUUUUUAUUUCAUUCAAUUAAUAUACUCGUAAAAAAAGAGUUCCGACGAAAUGUACUCUCGAGUGUUAUGUGCUGUUGUCAUUUUAAGUGUGCCGCUGGCAAAUUGCUUAAAAAAUACAACCAAUUUUACUGCCACCAUUAUUGAUGAGGUACAACGUCCACAACUUAGCACUUUAGAUAAAUAUCUGAGAUCACAAAAAUCGUUUGCGAUUGUAAAUGGUAUCAGUAGGAGUAGUGAUGAUUCAGUGAGUGAAAAUCCUGGAUUACAAAUUGUUACAUCAAACAAUUAUCCUUUGCCAUAUCCUGUGCCGAAAAUUGUCAAACAACGUAUAUCCGUAAACAAUGCUAACGGCCUGGACAUCAUUGUCACUGAUUUGGAUAUUGAUCCAACAUCUGACUACAUAUCUCUGACACCAAUUAAUGCAGAUGGAAGUGAAAGCCGUCCAAUCAUCUUAACUGGCAAACUAAAAGAACCUUUAAACAUUCGAUCUUUGGGUUUUACCCGAGCAAAUUUAAUCUUCGAAGCUAGAACAGUCGAAGGACAUGCGUACCGAGGUUUUUCACUUAGUUAUGCUCCGUAUGGAGAAAUUCGUUCACCAACUACCCAGCCACCUGAUUACACCUUAUCCUAUGAUCAGUUGCAAACUUCGAGUAGACUUUUGGUAGUUGAUAGAAAUGAGCAAAUCCAAACAACUUGGAAUAAACUAAAAGAAUUAUUGGCAAAAUCUGCAAAUUCUUACAUCGAAGCUGAGAAAUUGACUUUAGAGAAAGCUACACCAGAGAAUGUCACUCUUACCAGAGUGGCAGAAUGUUUUGAAAGUUGGCCAAAUUCUGAGAAUUGCAUUGAACUUGAAUAUGCAAUCACACUUUAUAAUGAUUCAAGUCUAACUCCAAUGGUUGUUGAUCCAUUUCUUGAAGAUCUAACACCUCGUGAGGUAGCCGGAUUGAGUGAUCUUCAAUUGGAAUUGAUGUGGGAUAAGUUUGGUCGUGCUGCAUUUCAAGAAAGUGGAAUCCAAGAGUAUGUACUACCAGACACUCGAUCACGAAUACUCACAUGGGUGGGUAUUGCAAUUGGAGUGUGUGUUUUGAUGUUUUUGGUGCUGGUCGGAGUAUUUCGAUCUCCAGCAUUUAGAGAUCGGUGGGUGGAAGAUGAUGAAGUUGCUAUAAAACCUAAAGAAGAAACAAACAAGGAAUCAACUGUCGACAUAACAAUGUAUCCCUCGCCAGAUCAAAUUAUUCCAGAAAUGUAUCCAGGCUAUCAAAGUGGCGGCGUUGCCAACACCCACAAUCGGCCAAACACGUUUGAUACAAUAAAUGAAGAAAAUAAGGAAGAUGAAGAUACAAAAAACAAUAACAAAAUUGGGAUCAACAAAUCUACAUCAGUGCAUCAAUCAAAUCCAGAUAACUCUGUGUAAAUUGUCAAACCAAACCGAAAGGAUACAAAGCCAGGAUUUAAGGAGUACCAAAUAUUAUUUAUAAAAUAAGAUAAAAUUAUGUGAUACAAAUAAAUAUAAAUAUAUUUCGAUUUUAUAUAAUAUAAAAAAAAAAAAUA